CUAUUUAUUUUAAAAACGGAAGUAUUUAAUUAAUCAAUUAAAGGAUUGAAACCUACUAAGCUAUCGUUCAUGUCCUCUAGAGCACCGAUUCCAUCUCUUGAAGAGAUUGUUAAAAACAAAAGGACUCGCGAAGAACGAGAAUCCAAACCAAAGUUUUUAUCUAAAGCUGAGAGAACACGUUUAGCACUUGAGCGAAGGAAAAAAGAAGUAGAGCAAGCUAAAAGCAGACAAUCCACCGAGUUGUCAGACUUGAAGAAUGGAAUAAUUAAUCAGUACGAAGAAGGGGCAAACGGUCUUGGGUCUGAAACUAAACUGGAUAAUCCAAAGUCGGUAACACCAGUAAGUAAUGAAAGCAACUAUGAAAAUACCGCAGAUGAAAGUUUCGCUGCUGCUGUUCGACAAAGAUACAUGGGAAUUCAACCCCGACCUCAAAAGAAACGACGAAGAAAUGCAGACAAAAAAUUUGUUUUUGAUUGGGAUGCGACGGACGAUACAAUGAAGGAUGCGGAUUUCUUGGUUUCACCUGAAUCAACGAUUGCUGUGUUCGGUAGAGGCAAACUAGGAGGUUUUGACGAGAAAUCUAUAGAGAGCGUAAAAGAAAGAUCAGGAUUAAUUCAACGAUUAUUACAAGGAUCAGAUGAAGACAAAAAAAGAGCGCAUGAACUCUUGCACCUACACGAAAGAAAGUCCCGCAAGGUUGACUGGGAUGAUGUUCCUUGGAGAGAAAAACCUUUGGAAGCUAUGAAGCCUCGUGAUUGGAGAAUUUUAAGAGAAGACUACAACAUUUCCAUGAAAGGAGAUGAUGUUCCGAAUCCUUUGAGGAACUGGGAAGAAGCCAACUUACCCAGUGAACUGAUGAGUGUUUUAAGGAAAAAUAAUUAUAAAGAACCAAGUUCUAUUCAGCGUGCAUCAAUUCCUGUUUUAUCGCAGGGAAAAGAUUUGAUUGGAAUUGCUGAAACUGGUAGUGGUAAAACAGCAGCUUUCAUGAUACCUCUGAUACAAGCCAUUCUGAAAUACCCUCCUUUAGAUGAAAGAAAUCUUCAUCUUGGACCGUAUGCGAUCGUAUUAGCACCAACACGUGAGUUGGCACAACAAAUUCAAGCUGAAGGCAAUAAAUUUGCCGAACCUCUUGGUUUUCGCUGCGUUUCUGUUGUUGGUGGUCAUGCUUUUGAAGAACAAUCUUUUCAGUUGAGUCAAGGAGCUCAUAUUGUUGUUGCUACUCCUGGACGUCUAGUUGAUUGUCUUGAUCGAAGAGUUUUUGUUUUAAGUCAAUGUUCUUAUGUCGUUAUGGAUGAGGCUGAUCGGAUGUUAGACAUGGGUUUCGAAGAAGAUGUGAACAAAAUUUUGGAAUCUCUUCCUUCCUCAAAUAGUUCCGAUAAAAAUGCUAUCAUACCUGCUAGUGAGGGUCAGCCUUCCUCAAUGCGUCGAACCCUGAUGUUCAGUGCUACAUUACCUCCGAGGGUUGCAAACCUCGCACAACGAUAUUUAAAUAAUCCGACGCUACUGACUAUUGGUAGUAUUGGACAAGCUGUUGACAGAGUUGAACAAAUAGUUGAAAUGGUUUCUGACGACUCUAAGCGCAUGAAACGUCUUGAAGAGCUUCUUGAAUCCGGUAGGUUUGCUCCUCCUAUCAUCGUUUUUGUAAAUUUGAAAAGAAACAUUGAAGCCAUUUCAAAACAGCUGAAUACAUUAGGUUGGCGUGCUGUUACACUUCAUGGAAGUAAAAAUCAGGAACAAAGAGAAAAAGCUAUUGAACAACUGCGUGGCGGAACAGCUGAUAUUUUGGUUGCUACUGAUAUCGCUGGUCGUGGUAUUGAUAUACCUAACGUAUCUUUGGUACUUAACUAUAAUAUGGCCAAAAGCAUUGAGGAUUACACCCACAGAAUUGGCCGUACAGGCCGUGCUGGUAAGUCUGGUGUUGCGAUCACCUUUUUGGGCUCCGAGGAUGAAGAUGUCUUUUACGACCUUAGGGUAAUGCUGUCAAAAAGUGCUAAAGCACGUAUCCCGGAUGAACUGAAAAAUAAUGAAUUGGCCUUCUCGAGACACGCUCCUAUCACCCAAUAGUUUUUAUUUUCUGCAAGUUACUUUUGGGGGUCUGUAUAUUAUUUAUUUUGAAAUUACAUAGUAAUGAAUAGAAGGGCUUUGGAAUUAAGCAAGCAGAUAAUUUGCUCAACCAACUUAAUCUUUUCACUAGUAUCUACUUUACAACCUAAUGCUUGAAACCGUA